AAAAUGGUACAGCCAUUGCUGCGCAAAAUCAAGACCAUGAAAUGUCUCCUCACCCAAUUCUCACUCUUUUCUCCCCACAAAUCUCCCAAUUUUGAUUGUCAUAAUCGAAUUCUCAACCCCUGUUUUCUUCUGCUUCCUCCUCCUUCUCCUUUGUGGAUUCAGGGUUCUUGGGGUUCGAAUUCGAGUAUCAGUCGACGUGGAUAUUGUUCGGGCUUGGUUACUGGAGCGGGAGCAAUGGCGUCCGCGAAAAUUGUGAGUGACCCAGAGUGUAUAUCCUACUUAAAUCAGCGGGAAGCUGCGGAGAUUGAUGAAAUUCUCAUGGGCCCACUUGGGUUCAGCGUUGAUCAGUUGAUGGAAUUGGCUGGGUUGAGUGUGGCUACUUCAAUUGCUGAGGUGUAUAAGCCAGAUGAACGUAAACGUAUUCUUGCAAUAUGUGGCCCUGGGAAUAAUGGUGGUGAUGGACUUGUAGCUGCCCGUCAUUUGCAUCAUUUUGGGUAUAAACCAUUUAUUUGUUAUCCAAAACGUACUGCAAAGGCCCUUUACAAUGGACUGGUCACGCAGUUAGAGUCACUGUCCAUUCCUUUCCUGUCAGUGGAAGAUUUGCCUAUGGAUUUGUCGACAAGCUUUGACAUUGUAGUGGAUGCAAUAUUUGGGUUCUCAUUUCAUGGCAGCCCGAGGCCUCCUUUUGAUGAUUUGAUAAGAAGGUUGGUAGCUUUAGGGACUCCCAACCAAAAGAAUGAGAAAUCACCUGUCAUAGUCUCUGUAGAUAUUCCAUCUGGAUGGCACGUUGAAGAAGGUGAUGUCAGUGGCGAAGGCAUUAAACCUGACAUGCUUGUUUCCUUAACUGCUCCUAAGUUAUGUGCCAAAAGAUUUUCUGGCCCACACCACUUUCUUGGAGGCAGGUUUGUUCCCCCUUCCGUUGCAGAAAAAUUCAAGCUUGACCUUCCAGCAUAUCCUGGAACUUCUAUGUGUGUCCGAAUUGGAAAACCUCCACGAGUUGACAUAUCAACUCUCAGAGAGAACUAUAUUUCUCCUGAGUUCUCUGAAGACCAAGCUGAAGCUAAUCCCUUCGAUCAGUUCCAGAAAUGGUUUGAUGAUGCCAUGGCUUCAGGCUUGAAGGAACCAAAUGCUAUGGCCCUUUCUACAACUGGAAAGGAUGGGAAACCCUCGUCAAGAAUGGUAUUGCUGAAAGGACUUGACAAAGAUGGUUUUGUCUGGUACACAAAUUAUGAAAGUCGAAAGGCCCAUCAAAUAUCAGAAAAUCCUCGAGCUGCUCUCCUAUUUUACUGGGAUGCUUUGAAUCGUCAGGUGAGAGUUGAAGGGUCUGUGCAAAAGGUCUCCGAUGAAGAAUCUGAGCAGUACUUCCACAGCCGUCCCAGAGGAAGCCAAAUUGGAGCCAUAGUUAGCAAGCAGAGCACUGUAAUCCCUGGAAGGCAGUUUCUUCACCAAGAGCAGGAAAAACUGGAGGCUCAGUACUCUGAUGGAAGCCCCAUUCCGAAACCCAAGUAUUGGGGAGGAUACAGACUCAAACCUGAGCUCUUUGAGUUUUGGCAAGGACAACCAUCUCGCUUGCAUGAUAGGUUGCGUUACACUCCAGCCGAUAUUGAUGGAAAAAGAGUAUGGAAAAUUGACAGAUUGUCCCCAUGACUAGUAUUUGUGGCAUCCUCAUUAUGACAUCACAGUUCUAUUUCUGGUUUAUACGUUUAUUGGUUCUCUCGUUCACUUGUUUGGUAAAACGAGUUACAUCCCUUGUGAACAUAAGCUACAUGGAUAACACCACCGGGGCAAUUCGUUACAACCAAUUUCUUGUUUUAAUUCUUUCCUCGUUCGACAAUGAAAGCGGACUGUGAUAUAACUCCUUUGGUGCAACAAAUGUAUGCCAGUUGCAAAUUGCAACCUCCUGAUUACACAGCUCUUUGCCUAAGAAAUAAGAUUUGCGGUGUUUUUGGGAAUGGAAUGUUCUUAAAUGAUUGAACUAUGUAUACUGAAAGGUGUUUGAAGAUUGAGGAUGCUGCCAUCGCUAAAAACCUUCAUCUAUUUUAAGGAUAAUUAUAUUGCUCUAUUUUUAAGUUUGAUGUAAUUACAUAUAGGUUUUCUGUGAUUUGAGAAA